AGGGAGAACAGCAGCUAUACGGUUACAGUUCCUCUCUCACUGCUGCUGCUGUACUCACUGGAUGGAAAAGAACCCCAGGCACACAUUAACAUUCCAUUAGAAGAAAAAACAUUACUUCAGUCAGGCCUGUUUCUGUGGGUUGGAUUUUGGGAUAAACGACAUUAAGCCACUACGGGCCAGUUUCCGAUCGGAACGUUUGGCUCGCGGCCCCAACUGCUCCCCCUGUAUCUGUGUGUUUGUGGCGUGUGUUGCCAUUAGACGGGUCAGAACGUGAGAGCGAAGGGGACACCAUGGCUUCUCAGCGGCUUUAUCUGAGGUUGGUAGAGCUCACCGCUCUGCUCACAUUGCUGGCCCUCGCAGAUGUUUCCAGUGAGAGCAGCCUUCACAAGAUCCUGAAGAAAAGAGAUGUGGUAGGUGACGGUAGCGCUUCACCUAAGUACAGGGUGGCUGUUGCUCCCGCCAAGGCCAAAGAGUUCCUGGCCAAGCUACAGCGGCCCAAGAGGAACAUUUGGGACCGCAGCAGGCCAGAUGUGCAGCAGUGGAUCAUGCAGUUCAUGUACAUGGGCUUCGACGAGACGAGACUGGAGGCGGACCUGUCCUACUGGAUGGACCAUGCGCUGUCCAGCGAUCAGGGUCGCCAGCACCAUUAUGACGAGAACUCUCCCAUUGCACCCAGAGACAGAGGGGCACACCGUCACAGAGCCGACGUCAACUACGACUACUACUAACUCAACAUGCUGUCUCACUCCCUCUCUCAAAACGGCCAAGACAUCCUGUGGCGUGCCACAGGGUUGGAUAAUGGGACCUUUGUUAUUCCUAAUCUAUAUCAAUGACCUUGCUGCUGUUUCUUCUACAGUACUUCCCAUUCUCUUUGCUGAGGAUACCAAGUAGAUUUUUAUCACACAAUAUUUGUAUUCACUAAUUAACAAAGCCAACUCAGGCGUGGACACAUUUUCUGAAUGGUUCCAGAUUAACACAUUAUCUUUAAAUGUUAAAAAAAAUCUAACUUUAUUUUAUUCACUAGUAAGGAUAAGAAAUGUGGUUAAAAUAAAGAGCCAGAAUCUCAAUUGGUGGGAAUGAAAUGGAACAAGUCACAUCCACUAGAUUCCUCUGAGUUAUAAUUGAUGAACAGUUGUCCUGGAAAGAUCAUAUCCAGUUAGUUCCACUAGAUUCCUCUGAGUUAUAAUUGAUGAACAGUUGUCCUGGAAUAAUCAUAUUCAGUUAGUUCCACUAGAUUCUUCUGAGUUAUAAUUGAUGAACAGUUGUCCUGGAAAGAUCAUAUUCAGUUAGUUCCACUAGAUUCUUCUGAGUUAUAAUUGAUGAACAGUUGUCCUGGAAAGGUCAUUUUCAGUUUGUCUGCAGCAAAGUGGUGAAAUCUGUUGGUAUUAGUGGUUUGGUUCAUCAGGCUUGCUUCCUAACUCUAUACUAUAUCGUAGCUUAAUUUACCAUAUCUUAUUUACUGUAAUAUUGUCUGGGCCAGCACAUAUGCCUCCUAUCCACACAAAUUACUCAUCAUACAAAAUACAUUUGCAAGACUAGCCUCCUCCUCUAAUUACCUGGCUCCAUUUGCACCUUUGUUUAAGAAACUCCAGAACUUGUAUAUUUACAACAUUAACGUACGCAAAACAUGCACUUUCAUCUACAAAUACUCAAUCAAAUUCAAUCAAAUGUAUUUACAAAGCCCUUUUUAUAUCAGCCGAUGUCACAAAGUGCUCUACAGAAACUCAGCCUAAAAACCCCAAACAGCAA